GCCGGCUAUUCUGCAGUAUUGUAAGUAUAUAUGGUCUGGAGAAUGUCCGGGACACAUGUGAGCACGCAAGUUGCAUCGCCAGCGAGUCCAGCAUGAUGCGCUCGUUACUUGUACUUGCUGCCGCCGGCUUUGCCGCUGCUGAAACUGGCAUCGAUGCCUGGCUGCGCUAUGCACCGGUUUCUUCUCCUAGUUCCAGUCAGAGUCUUCCUUCAAGUAUCAUUUCUUUGAAUGCCACAGCGAAUGGACCGGUGCAUAUUGCUGCUGUAGAGCUACAGAAAGGCCUUGCGGGCAUCUUGGACCACAACCUCUCGGUCAUUUACCCAGUCAGCUACCAACCAGGCAACACCACGUCAUCCAUCCUGGUCGGCACUGUGGCAGAGUAUGCAAACAGCUUUGGCGGCUCCCCUCAGAUCCCCAGACUCGUGGAUGACGGGUACUGGCUCAAUGCGACAGGCUCGACGGUCCAAAUCCUUGGCCACAAUGAGCGAGGAGCGCUUUAUGGUGCAUUCCAAUAUCUUUCGAUGCUCGCUCAAGGCAACUUCUCUAAUGUCGCAUUUGCUUCUAACCCGGACGCACCCAUCCGCUGGGUGAAUCAAUGGGACAACUUGGAUGGGUCGAUUGAGAGAGGAUACGGUGGCCCGUCGAUUUUCUUCACGAAUGGCACAGUUGUCGAUGAUCUAGAUCGAGUUUCGGCUUACGGGCGCCUUCUGGCAUCGAUAGGCAUCAACGGGAUUAUUGUCAACAAUGUCAACGCCAACGCCUCUCUCUUGAGUACCGAGAACCUGGAAGGACUCGGAAGAAUCGCGGACGCUUUCCGACCGUACGGUGUCCAAGUUGGAAUCGCUCUAAACUUUGCCUCUCCAACGGCUAAUCUGGUCUACGGCAAUCUCAGCACGUUCGAUCCGAUUAAUCCUGAUGUUAUCACAUGGUGGACUAAUGUUACAGACGCUCUCUAUGAACGCGUGCCUGACAUGGCAGGAUACUUGGUCAAAGCCAACUCUGAAGGACAACCUGGACCCCUGACAUACAAUCGAACCCUAGCUCAAGGAGCAAAUCUUUUCGCCAACGCUCUGCAGCCGCACGGCGGUAUCCUCAUGUUUCGCGCGUUCGUCUACGACAGUGUCAAUCUGAAUGAAUCCGUAUGGAAGGAGGAUCGCGCAAAUGCGGCUGUUGAUUUUUUCACCGGUCUUGACGGCAAGUUUGCGGAGAAUGCGGUCGUGCAGAUCAAAUAUGGCCCCAUUGAUUUCCAAGUACGCGAGCCUGCAUCUCCUCUUUUUGCCUACCUGCGAAAUACGAGCACGGCAAUCGAGCUCGAGGUCACACAAGAGUAUUUGGGACAGCAGUGCCACCUGGUCUAUCUACCUCCGUUGUGGAAGACAGUUCUGGACUUUGAUAUGCGAGCGAACCAUACCCAGUCUCUCGUCCGCGAUAUCGUCACCGGCAAGCGCUUCAACAGACCCCUUGGUGGUGCCGCGGCUGUCGUUAAUGUUGGAACCAACGACACCUGGUUGGGAAGUCAUCUCUCUAUGUCGAAUUUGUAUGGGUAUGGUCGCCUUGCGUGGGACUUUUCAAGUGAUCCUGAAGCUAUCUUACAGGACUGGAUUCGGCUCACGUUUGGUUCCAAUCCGACGGUCGUGGCCGCAAUUACGAACAUGUCUAUGUCGUCCUGGCCCGCGUACGAAAACUACUCGGGCAACCUCGGCAUUCAGACUCUGACUGAUAUUCUAUAUACGCAUUUCGGACCCAAUCCCCAGUCCCAAGACAAUAACCCUUGGGGACAAUGGACUCGAGCUGACCACAAAACCAUUGGGAUGGACCGGACCGUGUCGAACGGAACAGGCUUUUCAGGACAAUACCCUGUGGAAGUCGCCGCCAUGUACGAAAACAUCUCAACCACCCCGGAUGAUCUUCUUCUCUGGUUCCACCACGUUAACUACACACAGCAAUUGCACUCUGGCGAGACCGUCAUCCAGCACUUCUACAACGCCCACUAUGCGGGUGCAGACACUGCGCAGACCUUUGUCACGCAGUGGGAGGGUCUCCAGGGCAAGGUCGACCAGCAGCGGUAUAAUGAGACUCUCUUCCGGUUGACUUACCAGGCAGGUCAUUCAAUCGUGUGGCGCGACGCAAUCACCAACUUCUACCACAACCUCUCGGGCAUUGCGGACAGCCAGAACCGUGUUGGCAACCACCCGUGGCGUGUCGAGGCUGAGAGCAUGACCCUCCAAGGCUACGAGCCGUACACGGUAUCACCUUUCGAGGCUGCCUCGAAUGUGACCGCCAUCGUGACCUCUGCCAACGCUACCACGGGAACGGCGAUGACGACGCUCAACUUCCCAAACGGCACGUAUAACCUUGCCGUGAACUAUUACGACCUGAUUGGCGGCAAGUCGCAAUGGACGGUAUCCCUGAACAACCACCAGAUCGGAUCGUGGGUUGGGGACCUGGAGGACCGACUGGGCCACGCUCCUAGUAUAUAUCUCGAUGGCCACUCCGCCGCCAGAAUCACGUUCCACAACGUGACGGUCGGGAAGGGAGAUGUGUUGAAGAUCGUGGGUGUGGCCGACGGCAUUGAGCCCGCGCCGCUAGAUUAUAUCUCGGUCUUGCCGGCGGGAGUGGUUGAUUGAGAGUAGCGCGUCGCGGUCACCGCCGCCGCUGUCGAUGUGUUGAGUCGACGGUGGUCAUGACGAUGAAGUGCGGAUAGAUAUCAAUGUCGUUCCGAUGUGCGUAUUACCAUGGUCACAGUUACGGUAGCCUUGGACUGAUAUUGGCUGGAUAUACGGAAAUUAUAACGUUCCUCGAUAGAAACCAAAAAGAAUGACCCAACCAACCAACCAACCAAUCAAUC